GCUCCCCCGGGUCAUGGCGUGGUCAUCGAGGUAGCGGACCUGCGCCUGCGUCGGUCGAGGCGAUGUGCCGCCAGUCGCGUCCUGGUGCAAGCCGGACUCUCGGCUCAACAGAGCAGACUCAGGCCGCUUGUCAG